UGUUUCUUAAAUCUCUUUGUGUAUUUUUAUUACUAAAUAUUGCAGUCUUAAAAUGUGAGGAGCAGUCUGUUCAACAUCUUGAUCGAUUGGGCAAUUUAACUGUCAAACAUGGCACAAAAAGCGAAAUACACUUUGAAAUCAAGGAUCACUGCAGGGAGUACAUAGAGCAGCAGCUCAAGUCGCUGCGUGGUGAGCUGGAAAAACAGAAUGAACUCUUAAGAGAGCUGAGUUCAACGUCCACCAUCAACUCUAAAACUGCAUCGACACAUUAUCCAAGCAGUUGUGAAGAGGCAACUGCUUUCAGUCGCAAAAGCGGCGCCUAUCUACUGCAGUUGCCCAGCUACAGUGACGCUCCAUUUAUUGCAAGCUGUGAUGAGCAUACUCAGGGCGGAGGCUGGACCGUUGUGCUGCGACGUCAGGAUGGCAGCGUGGACUUUUUCUUGUUAUGGCAGGACUAUAAGCAGGGCAUUGGCAACGUCCAGGGCGAGUAUUUCAUUGGCUUGGAUAAAUUAUACGCUUUAACUAAAAAUAAAGAUCAGGAGUUGCUCAUCGUUAUGGAGAAUAACGAGGGAGUAACAAAAUACGCAAAUUACGGCCAUUUUGCCAUCGAUAAUGAGCAAAAUAAUUACAAGCUGAGCAUUCUGGGGAUCUACACUGGAGAUGCUGGAGACUCUUUAAGAGCUCAUGCGGGAAUUCCGUUUUCAACACGUGAUCGAGAUAAUGAUUCUUAUAAGGAUAAUUGUGCUGAAAUGUAUACAGGCGCUUGGUGGUACGCUGCAUGUCAUACUAGUAAUAAAAUGUGAGGAGCAGUCUGUUCAACAUCUUGAUCGUUUGGGCAAUCUAACUGUCAAAUAUGGCACAAAAAGCGAAAUACACUUUGAAAUCAAAGACAAUAGCAGGGAGUACAUGGAGCUGCAGAUCAAAUCGCUGCGCGCUGAGCUGGAAAAACAAAAUGAGCUGUUAAGAGAACUCAAUUUGAAAUCCAAUUGCGACCCAAGUUUGGCAUCCAGACAUUAUCCUAGCUGCUGCGCGGAAGCAACAGCCUUGAGUCGCCAAAGUGGCGUUUAUCUGCUGCAGUUGCCCAGCUACAGUGAAGCUCCAUUUAUUGCAAGUUGUGAUGAGCAUACUCAGGGCGGAGGCUGGACUGUUGUGCUGCGACUUCAGGAUGGCAUCGUGGACUUCUACUUGUUCUGGCAGGACUAUAAGCAGGGCAUUGGCAACGUACAUGGCGAAUUCUUUAUUGGCUUGGACAAAUUAUACGCUCUAACCAAAAAUAAAGAUCAGGAGCUGCUCAUCGUUAUGGAGAAUAACGAGGGAGUGACAAAAUAUGCAAAGUACAGCCAUUUUGGCAUCGAUGAUGAACAAAAUAAUUACAAGCUGAGCACUUUGGGUGUCUACUCCGGCGACGCUGGAGACUCUUUGAAAGCUCAUGUGGGUUAUCCGUUUUCAGCACGAGAUCGAGAUAAUGACAGCUAUGCGCAGAACUGUGCGGAGGUUUUCACUGGCGGUUGGUGGUACGUCCAAUGUCAUGCCAGCAAUCUGAUGGGCAAGUACAAUGAUAAUAUCUUUGGCAAAGGCAUUAAUUGAGUUGACUUUAGUGGUCACAGUGCCUCGCUGAAGCGUGUGGAAAUGCUAAUCAGAAAGCGUAGAGUUUGAAAUAAAUAACAAAUGGUUUUUCUAAAAAAAUGACGACUUUAUUAAAUUUAACAUAGCUCAUCGGAUGCUUAUACAACAAUAUACAAUCAAGUACAAAAUACAUACAUGUUGAAAAAUGUACAAUUACAUUCGGUUUCAUUAAUUUUGUGUGUCUUCAAGCGGAAGACGCUCGCUUAAAUAUUUAUGCAUGCAAUAAGACUUUAUUUCACAAAUAUAUAUUAUUGUUUUUCAACCAAAAAAGGCAUAUUAUUUUUCAUCUUAAAAAUUUUCAAUAAAAUCUAUCACAAUAUGAGAAUAUCAGGUUUGGGUUGGCCAAGCACUGUAAAUUUUGAAGUAAAUUUAUAUAUUUUUUUCUGCUUUUUUAUGU